AUGGUGCUAAGGAACUCCUUUGCCCCCCUCUUAGGUGGGGCCCCAAGGAAGACCCCCAGCAGCUGUAGCAGCAGCAGCAGAAUUCUUCCUGCAGCUACGAACACAGCAGCAGCAGCAGCAGCAGCAGCAGCACCAGCGGCAGCAGUUGCUGCUGCUGCAGCUACUCCUGCUGCUGCUGGUGGUUUUGCUGCUGCUGCCUCGCCUUCUCUCCUGCUGCAGCAUCCUUCGUUGCACUUCGCUUGUCUACCGCUGCAGCAGCAACAACAGCAUCAUCAACCGCAGCAGCAACAACAGCAGCAGCAACAGCAGCAGCAGCAACAACAGCACCGCCUAUUGCUGCAGCACCACCUACAUCAGCAUCACCUACAGCAGCAGCAGCAGCAGCAGCAGCGUAACUUUUCCUUUAUACAGCAGCACCGAGUAAAGAAAGAUUUAUCUAGUAGUUUUGCUGCAGUAGGUUACACCGAUUAA